GGAAAGCGCCGAGCAUCCCCCGGAUCAGACGCCCCCGGGGCAGCGGGGAGGGGGUGUCGGUGUCAUUCACCCCCUGUCCGUGUGCGAGCGGCUCUGGCCGCCCGGAGCGGCGCUGAGCGUGCAGCCGGGGCUCAGAGCAGCGGGAGGGAGGCGCUCGGGGGAAUCAGUCAGGUGUGGACGAGGUAUGAGGGGAGGCAGGGAUGGAGCCGCACUCGUGACAGCGGUGCCGAGCGCUCACGCGCAUCCCUCCUCCCGCCGAGAUGCAGCAGGGCCGGCCAUCCCUCUGCUGCGUCUCCACCAUCCGCAGCUCGCAGGGACCACCCGAGCCAGCCGCCGCUGCCGCCUCUGCUCACUUCAGCUUCUGCCGCAGCCUCCUGGAGCACACGGUGUCGGCCGAGAACCUGAGCUACCGCCUGCAGCGCGCCGCGGGCAGCAGCCUCACCUGGCACGACGGCCGCAGCCAGCGCCCCGACGGCCCCGGGCGCACCGUCAAACUCCUGCGGCAGCCGGGCACCGAGGGCUCGCAGGUCCGUGGCUGUGACCACUAUGGCAUCUACCACACCAGCCCCACGCUGGGCAGCCUGGUCAAGCCAGUGGUGCUGUGGACCCAGCAGGAUGUGUGCAAAUGGCUGAAGAAGCACUGCCCACACAAUUAUCUCAUCUACGUCGAGGCGUUCUCCCACCACGCCAUCACAGGCCGGGCGCUGCUGCGGCUGAACGGGGAGAAGCUGCAGCGCAUGGGGAUCGCGCUGGAGGCGCAGCGCCAGGAGCUCCUGCAGCAGGUCCUGCAGCUCCAGGUGCGCGAGGAGGUGCGGAACCUGCAGCUGCUCAGCCAAGCUUCUUUUGGAAAUGUCUCCUAGCUGAUCCGUCUGUUUGGCAGAUUGCACCAACACUGUGAACCGAGCUCCGCUGGGAUGGGCUGUGCAUCGCCGAUACGAGACCUGAGCCACACGCUUGGAAUAAGAAGAGACAGCUUCCCAGACACUCCAGGGCUCCUCUCCUGCUUCUUCCUUCUCUUUCUUUUAAAGGAACGCAUUCCUGUGCAGGGGUGGAAGGUUUCUUCCAGCAGACAUGGCUCUUGGCUGGAGGAAAAUCAGCAAACCAGCUGCUGGGACAGAUGAUGAACUUCCAUCCACCUGAGCCUGACGGUUCACAGGGAAAGAGAUGGAAAAAAGGAGAUGGCAAAAGGCAGGGCUCAGCACUGUGGAGAAAGGGAAUGCAGUGAUUCCAGGGACAGCUCGGAGCCUUGUGCAGGACACUGAAGCAUUAUGCACUUGGGCAACAUCCCAGCACCCAGCAACUCGUGUCCAUGCCUUGGAGCUUAUUUAGGGAGCUUUGGUUUCCUCAUCAGACUGGGCUGCCUUCCAGUGGCCGGGGAGGUGACGUUAUCGGUAGCAAAUAAGAUGAUACAACCAGCCAAAAAAUUCACAGCGGGGCCAAGACCCCAGCACCCAGCUCCACUUGGUGAGUUAAAAAGGGAGCUGAGUCAUCAGAGCUGGAAAAUCUGCAAGUGAAAGCAGGCUGGAUGCACCAGGAGGCUGCCACGGCUGGGAGGAAGCUGUGCCAAGAGCUCAUCCUUCAUCAGCAGGCAGAGGGGGAGCCCAUGCAGGGGCUGGGGGCAGCAGGCUGGGGUGCUGCUGGGUGGUUGUGGGGCUGGGGGAGCACUGGGUGACCCAGCUCCCAUGCCUGGUCCUGCUCUGCUCCAUGCUCCCACCAGCUCUGCAGAGCUCUGUUCAUCCAGGCAUUGGCAGGUUCCUGUCCUGACCUCCUGCCAAGGGUUGGCAAUGGUGCCACCAAAGCCAGGCACCUUCCUGAUGACCUUCACCAUCAUUACAGUGAGAGUGUUUGCUGUUAGGUCUCCAUCUCCCAAACUCUCCCAUACAGAGCUACAGACUGCCCUUGUGGGCAGAUAAGGAAAAUCCGUGUGUAAAUCAGGAUUUUUGGCCAGGGUGGAUGCUGUCACCUCCCCACAUUCCACCUCAAGUGAUGAGGGUAGGGCUGUGGGUCAUGGGGGUCCGAAAACAGCAGCACCCCAAUCCCCCUGGGGCACUGGGAUGUGGAGGCAGGUCACGGUGCUCCCUGGCUGGGCAUCCUCCUGCCUGCUUCUCUGCUGGUAAUAAAUUGGAGACUGUUA